AUGUCCUCGAGAUUCAGCGCCGCGCGCCCCAAGCGUGCCGGCGAGAACUACGCGCGACUGCACCACGCAGAGCCCGACUCCAAGAAGGUCAAGUUUGACGUGAGGAACCCGUCCGCGCUGGCCUACGGGGGGGAAGACGACGACGACGAGGAGGCCGACGCCUAUCUCGCAGCCGACGCCGACGUCAUACGCGGUAGCGCCGCCACUAAGCGCGGGGCCGUCAACAUCGACGGCUACGACUCGGACUCGGAUCGCGAGGAGCUCGGCACCCUGCACGCGUCGCGGACGAAGCCGAAAGCGGAGGAUGAAGACAUGGACGACAUGUUCGCGGCCGACGCGGGAGGCGACGCGGAGGACGAAGAGGCGGAUCCUGCCGCCGCUAAGAAGAAGAGCAAAGAGGUCAGGUUCUUAGACACGGACGGCAUCGAAGGGCAGGACGCGAGAUCGAAGUCGGGGGGACAUGUCCGCCUGGACGACGAGUCCUCUGGGGACGACGACGAGGAGGCCGUCGAGCUGGCGAUACAGGAGGAGGGCGUCGACGAAGAAGUCGGCGCGGGCGGGCUGAAGAAGCACGCGCCCAAGGUCGAGGCCUUCAACCUCAAGGCCGAGAACGAAGAGGGGCGGUUCGACGCGGACGGCAACUUCGUGCGGAAGGCCGCGGACCCCGACGCCGUGCACGACAAGUGGCUGGAAGGCGUCAGCAAGAAAGACAUGAAGAGGGCCGCCGAGGCCCACCAGCGCCGCGAGGCCGAGCAGCGGCAGAAGCGGAAGGAGGAGGACAGCGCCUUGACGUCGGACCUCCUCAAGUCGCUGAUCCUGCAGCUGGAGCGCGGCGAGACCCCGCUCGAGGCCCUGGCCCGGCUCGGCCGCGGCCAGACGAAGACGAAGAAGGUGCCCAGGUGGAAGCAGAAGAAGCAGAAGCCCGAGUCGAUGCACGUCGAUCCCGGGAAGCCCGCCGAGGACCCGGAGCAGGCGCGCAUCCGAGACGCCAUCGACGCCAUCACGGAAGCGGCUGACAGGCUUCUCGGCAGAGACCGCGCGGACGUCUACGACCGGGAGCGAGAGCGUCUGAUCCGCGACUAUACGCGCGAGGCGGACGAGCCAUGGGUAGAGCCCGCACCCAAGGAGGAGGAGACGGACAGAGCGGCGGCGGCGGCGGCGACAGCAACUAAGAUGUGGGAGUACCGCUGGACGGAUGGCAGAGACGACGCCGACAAGCAGGGCCCCUUCGACGGGCCUACGAUGAAGGCCUGGCAGGAUGCCGGUUACUUCGGCGAAGGCGUCGAGUUUAGAGAGGCCGGCGACGAGGGGUGGAGUCGGGUUGCCGACUUUGUAUGA